AAUUUAAUCGAGGUAUAAUUCCGCUACGCCCAAAUAUCCAUUCAUCUUCAGCCAAUUGCCGGCGAAGUAUAAAACCUCAGCGUCACCGUCGAUUAUGUUCAAAACCCCAUUUCAAUUCAACGUUUUGCACCGAAGCUGUUUACAACAAUGUCGCGCUCUAUUAAUUUCAUCUCCAAAACCAUUCCUGGAUAUGGUCCAUCUGAUAGCAGUCCUCUUCCCUGCUCUGGAAUUUCUGGGAAAGCACUGUCCUUAUCACCUAGAUCUUGUCGUGAACACAAGCUCGUUUCAGAUGUCAAGUUUUUUCCUUUGAGAUGUGUUUCUAGGUACACAUCUUCUGUGUGUAAUGCAAGUUCUAGCAACUAUAGGAGAAACCCGGAUUUCCCAAAUAAUCAAAGAAGGCAUGGAUACUCCCGCAAUAGGAAUAGGCAAAAUGAAACAAGAGAAGAGUGUGAUGACCAUGAAGAAUUCGAAACUCUCUCUUCCAAAAAUGGACCACUUCUUUCUGCAUCCAACAAUAAAUAUCAGGCAACUGCAACUACUGGUCCUAGAGAAAAGGAAAUUGUUGAAUUAUUCCGUAAGGUGCAGGCCCAACUACGUGAAAGAGCAGCAAUGAAGGAAGGAAAGAAAAUUGAGGAGUCUCAAACAAAAAGCAAAGAGAGUGAAACUGUUGAUUCUCUACUCAAGCUUUUGAGGAAACACUCAGUUCAGCAAGGGAAGAAGAGCAACACCACCGCCAAUGGCAGGGACUUCAUCCUGGAUCAGGAUGAACAGACUGGCCCAUCUACAGAGGAAGGAAGCACAAGCAUCUCAUACUCAAACUCCAGCAGUAGUGUGAAUCAUGAGGCGCAAGAAUCCCCAAUCCCACGUCUCACCCGACCAAAGUCAAACUUCCGGAAAAGAUCUCCAGUCCCUGAAAUCAAAUUCCAACCUGUUUAUGCCGAAGACUCUGUCUCGGAGGACAAUGUGGACACUGAAAGAGAGUGGAGUCAUGCGGAACCAGAGGCCCAAGACGACAUCCAGGUUGUUGAAUAUGAUUCCGAAUCUGAAGUCGAGCCUUUCACUUCAGAAAUAGAUGCUUUUGAUGAAAAUUCAGGGAUUGUUGAGACGGAGCAUGAAGAUGUAGCAAAAGAAGAUGACGCGGACGAGGCCAUCAGUUUGAACGGAAUGAAGCUGACUGAAUUGAGAGCCCUUGCCAAGUCGCGUGGCAUGAAAAGAUUCUCAAAGUUGAAAAAGAGUGAACUGAUUGAGUUGCUGAGUGGUGAAUCAGUAUGAUUACUGAUCACGUAAAGACACGAUGGAGAUUUUGUUUUGCUCUCUCCUCUCUUGUUAGGUGUGCUUUCUUGUUGUAAGAUCUCUUUGUUCACUUGGUACUUUGCUUAAGUUGGACCUGCCUAUCUUCACUGUUUGAUUCAUAAUAGGGCCAGACUUGUUAAUGUUCAAAGAACAUAUGUACUCAUCAAAACCAGAGUCAUGGUCUUCUGUGAACUCAGUUAUGAUUAAUUAUUCGCUUGAGUACAG